ACGGGCCGCGUUGUUUACGGGCCGAGCAGCGCCUGCUCCCGCCGCCCGCCCGCCGCCCGCGCGUCUGUGUCCGCGCGUCCGUUUGUCCGGGCGGCCCCACAUCGGGGCCCAGAGCCAGGAGGCCGGGGCUGCAGCGCAGCGCCCCGGGCCCGGAGAUCGCGGGACGGGGCCCGGGCCAAGGUGGUCCGCGCUCGGAGCCGCGCCGCGGGCUCCUCUCGGCCGAGGCCGCGCGCCCCCCCCCCACACCCCGGGGCUGUGCCCCGGGCCCUACCGGGCGCCGAAGGGGAGGACGCGCGGUCCCCGGCGCCCCUCGGGCGGCAGCCCCGGAGCAUGUCCCCCGCACGCCCGCGCCGCGCGCUCUGAUCGGCCGGGGCCCCGCGCUCCCGCAGCCAUGGGCGCCGGGGGCGUGCGGGGGGCGGCGGCCGCGCCGCUGCUGGUGGCCGUGGCCGUGCUGCUGGUGGGCGCCGCGGGCCACCUGUACCCCGGAGAGGUGUGUCCCGGCAUGGAUAUCCGGAACAACCUCACGAGGCUGCAUGAGCUGGCCAACUGCUCGGUCAUCGAAGGGCAUCUCCAGAUACUGUUGAUGUUCAAAACGAGGCCUGAGGAUUUCCGAGACCUCAGUUUCCCCAAACUCAUCAUGAUCACCGAUUACCUGCUGCUCUUCCGAGUCUAUGGGCUGGAGAGCUUGAAGGACCUAUUCCCUAACCUCACGGUCAUCCGGGGCUCACGCCUCUUCUUCAACUACGCAUUGGUCAUCUUCGAGAUGGUUCAUCUGAAGGAGCUUGGCCUCUACAACCUGAUGAACAUCACCCGGGGCUCCGUCCGCAUCGAGAAGAAUAAUGAGCUCUGCUACCUGGCCACCAUUGACUGGUCACGCAUCCUGGAUUCCGUGGAGGAUAAUUACAUUGUGCUGAACAAAGACGACAACGAGGAGUGUGGGGACAUUUGCCCUGGCACUGCAAAGGGCAAGACCAACUGCCCUGCCACUGUCAUCAAUGGGCAAUUUGUCGAACGGUGUUGGACACACAGCCACUGCCAGAAAGUUUGCCCGACUGUAUGCAAGUCACACGGCUGCACCGCUGAAGGCCUCUGCUGCCACAGUGAGUGUCUGGGCAACUGCUCCGAGCCCAAUGACCCCACCAGGUGCGUGGCCUGCCGUAACUUCUACCUGGAGGGCAGGUGCGUGGAGACCUGCCCACCCCCGUACUACCACUUCCAAGACUGGCGCUGCGUGAACUUCAGCUUCUGCCAGGACCUGCAUAACAAAUGCAAGAACUCCCGGGCGCCAGGUUGCCACCAGUAUGUCAUCCACAAUGACAGGUGCAUCCCGGAGUGUCCCUCUGGAUACACGAUGAAUUCCAGCAACUUGAUGUGCACUCCAUGCCUGGGCCCCUGUCCCAAAGUCUGCCACCCACUGGAAGGCGAGAAGACCAUUGACUCGGUGACAUCCGCCCAGGAGCUCCGAGGCUGCACUGUCGUCAACGGGAGCCUCAUCAUUAACAUUCGAGGGGGCAACAACCUGGCAGCUGAGCUGGAGGCCAACCUCGGACUCAUUGAAGAAAUUUCGGGGUAUCUGAAAAUCCGCCGGUCCUAUGCCUUGGUGUCGCUUUCCUUCUUCCGGAAGUUACGUCUGAUUCGAGGAGAGACCUUGGAAAUUGGGAAUUACUCUUUCUAUGCCUUGGACAACCAGAACUUAAGACAACUAUGGGACUGGAGCAAACACAACCUCACAAUCACUCGGGGGAAGCUCUUCUUCCACUAUAACCCCAAACUCUGCUUGUCAGAAAUUCACAAGAUGGAGGGAGUUUCAGGAACCAAAGGACGCCAGGAGAGGAACGACAUCGCCCUGAAGACCAAUGGGGACCAGGCAUCCUGUGAAAAUGAAUUACUUAAAUUUUCUUCCAUCCGAUCAUCUGCUGACAAGAUCUUGCUGAAAUGGGAGCCGUAUUGGCCCCCCGACUUCCGAGACCUCCUCGGAUUCAUGCUUUUCUACAAAGAGGCUCCUUAUCAGAAUGUGACGGAGUUUGACGGGCAGGAUGCGUGUGGCUCCAACAGCUGGACGGUGGUAGACAUUGACCCACCUCAGAGGUCCAAUGACCCCAAGUCUCAGAACCACCCUGGAUGGCUGAUGAGGGGUCUCAAGCCGUGGACACAGUACGCCAUCUUUGUGAAGACCUUGGUCACCUUCUCCGAUGAACGCCGUACCUACGGGGCCAAGAGCGACAUCAUCUACGUCCAGACAGAUGCCACCAAUCCUUCUGUUCCCCUGGAUCCAAUUUCGGUUUCAAAUUCCUCGUCCCAGAUUAUUCUCAAGUGGAAGCCUCCCUCGGAUCCCAAUGGCAACAUCACACACUACCUGGUUUUCUGGGAGAGGCAGGCAGAAGACAGUGAGCUGUACGAGCUGGAUUAUUGCCUCAAAGGGUUGAAGCUGCCCUCCCGGACCUGGUCCCCACCGUUUGAGUCUGAGGGGUCCCAGAAGCACAAUCAGAGUGACUACGAAGAGGCUGCCGGGGAAUGUUGCUCCUGCCCGAAGACGGACUCUCAGAUCCUCAAGGAGCUGGAGGAAUCCUCGUUCAGGAAGACCUUUGAGGAUUACCUGCACAAUGUGGUUUUUGUCCCCAGAAAAUCCUCUUCAGGCCCUGGUGCUGAGGACACUAGGCCAUCUCGGAAACGCAGGGCCCUUGGAGACGUCGGGAAUGUGACAACAGUCGUGCCCACGGCCCCGGAGGAGCACAGGCCCUUUGAGAAAGUGGUGAACAAGGAGUCGCUGGUCAUCUCUGGGCUGCACCAUUUCACAGGCUACCGCAUCGAGCUGCAGGCUUGCAACCAGGACUCCCCCGGGGAGAGGUGCAGCGUGGCCGCCUACGUGAGCGCCAGGACCAUGCCUGAAGCCAAGGCAGAUGACAUUGUUGGCCCCGUGACCCACGAAAUUUUUGAGAACAACGUGGUUCACUUGAUGUGGCAGGAGCCGAAGGAGCCCAAUGGUCUGAUCGUGCUAUACGAAGUGAGUUACCGACGAUACGGCGAUGAGGAGCUGCACCUCUGCGUGUCCCGGAGGCAUUUCGCUCUGGAGCGGGGCUGCAGGCUGCGAGGGCUGCCCCCAGGGAAUUACAGCGUGCGCGUCCGGGCCACCUCCCUGGCGGGCAACGGCUCCUGGACGGAAGCCACCUAUUUCUAUGUGACCGACUAUUUAGAUGUCCCAUCCAACAUUGCAAAAAUCAUCAUCGGUCCUCUCAUCUUUGUGUUCCUCUUCAGUGUUGUGAUCGGAAGCAUUUAUCUGUUCCUGAGGAAGAGGCAGCCAGAUGGGCCACUGGGACCGCUGUAUGCAUCCUCAAACCCCGAGUACCUCAGUGCCAGUGAUGUGUUUCCCUGCUCUGUGUACGUGCCGGACGAGUGGGAGGUGCCCCGGGAGAAGAUCACCCUCCUCCGGGAGCUGGGGCAGGGCUCCUUCGGCAUGGUGUACGAGGGCAACGCCCGGGACAUCGUCAAGGGCGAGGCGGAGACCCGCGUGGCCGUCAAGACCGUCAACGAGUCCGCCAGCCUGCGGGAGAGGAUCGAGUUUCUCAACGAGGCCUCGGUCAUGAAGGGCUUCACCUGCCACCACGUGGUCCGCCUUCUGGGGGUGGUGUCCAAGGGCCAGCCGACACUGGUGGUGAUGGAGCUGAUGGCUCAUGGGGAUCUGAAGAGUUAUCUCCGUUCCCUGCGGCCAGAGGCUGAGAAUAACCCCGGCCGCCCCCCUCCUACCCUGCAAGAGAUGAUUCAGAUGGCGGCGGAGAUUGCCGACGGCAUGGCCUACCUGAACGCCAAGAAGUUUGUGCACCGGGACCUCGCCGCUCGGAACUGCAUGGUUGCCCACGAUUUCACCGUCAAAAUCGGAGACUUUGGCAUGACCAGGGACAUCUACGAAACGGAUUACUACCGGAAAGGGGGCAAGGGUCUGCUCCCCGUGCGGUGGAUGGCCCCAGAGUCCCUGAAGGAUGGGGUCUUUACCACUUCUUCUGACAUGUGGUCCUUCGGCGUGGUCCUUUGGGAAAUCACCAGCUUGGCAGAACAGCCUUACCAAGGCUUGUCUAAUGAACAGGUGUUGAAAUUUGUCAUGGAUGGAGGGUAUCUGGAUCAACCUGACAAUUGUCCAGAGAGAGUCACCGACCUGAUGCACAUGUGCUGGCAGUUUAAUCCCAAGAUGCGACCGACCUUCCUGGAGAUCGUGGACCUGCUCAAGGACGACCUGCACCCCAGCUUUCCAGAAGUUUCCUUCUUCCACAGCGAGGAGAACAAGGCGCCCGAGAGUGAGGAGCUGGAGAUGGAGUUUGAGGACAUGGAGAGCGUCCCCCUGGAUCGGGCCUCACACUCGCAGAGGGAGGAGGCCGGGGGCCGGGACGGAGGGGCCUCCCUGGGUCUCAAGAGGAACUAUGAGGAGCACAUCCCCUACACCCACAUGAACGGGGGCAAGAAAAAUGGCCGGAUUCUGACUCUGCCGCGGUCCAGCCCUUCCUAACAGCCCCUGCCUCGGGGCGGGGUUCCAUGGUCCUGUUCCUCGGGUUGAAAGGUCUCCAGCAAACUCAGGAUCUUCCCACGCAUCUGCCUCCGUGUCACACAGAGCCGAGGAGAGCGUGUCUGUCCACGUCUGUUCUGCUUACGACUUGCAGCACGUCUGUGGGAAUUGCCAGAGGGUCGCGUCCGCAGAGAACCGAGCUGUGAUCCCAGAGGGGAAGGAGUUCCUGGGCGGCUCUCCUUUCCGACGGCUGCAGUUUCAAUCCAGGAUGUUAUUAUUAUUAUUUUUUUCCCUAGGAGAUGGGAAAAAAAAACACCUGUUUUUACAAAGUUAUUAUUAUUAUUUUUUUUUUCUUUGCUGGUGUCUGAGCUACAGCAGAAAGCAUAAAACUUGUUUGUGGAACAGAAGUUUGAAAGAAAACAGACUCCUGUUGCAGUAGAAUUCCAAGCUUUACGGAGUGGGCUUUGGGGAAGGUUUUUCUCAUCCAGGUGGAAGGAUUUUUUUUGUUUUGGUUUGGUUUGGUUUUUCUUCACAAAAUCAGUUCCUCAAAUUGACCAAUAGCUGCUGCUUUUGUACUUUUGAUAAGGAUCUGCAGCCCCGGUGUGUGGCUCACGUGUGUACGCGUGCGUGCGUCCAGGUUAGACACGGCUAGGGUGUGUGUGUGUGUGCGUGCGCGUGUGUGUGCGGAAGGCAUUCAUGCUGAGCUCACGCUUUGGGGAUCGGCCCGUUGGAGGGUCUGCACCCCAGGGGCCUGGGAGCCCCUGAUCUGCGCCUCCUCCUUCCUUCCUUCUUUACCGGGAAGACUGUGCGCUUGACAGAGUCUCGUGCCCCAUAGAAUCUCAGGAGUCUUCUCUCCCUUAACUUUGGUGAAAAAGUAUUUUCCAGGAGCCGAGGGGGCAGUUUGGAGUGAGAGUGCGUCUCUCCAGACCAAACAAAGCCAAGACGUGAAAAAGAAAGAAAAAGAAAAAAGAAAUCUAAAAUGAUAAAGAUGUUUGAGAAUAUAUUUGUGACAUAUUUAAUUUAAAAAAAAUCUGCAGCACCAGCCUUGUAAGUUAUUGACCAUUUCCGGGUGUUGGGGGGAGGGCUCGUGGGAAGGGUCUGCCUGUGUGGGGAGGUGGCCGGGGAGGCACCGGCGGUCGAUUUGCUUGGUCUUAAAGGCAUCCAUCUUUCUGGGAAUAAAGCCACAUGAGCUGCUAACCCUUCUGGACACGGUGAGGCCACGCUGAGGGUGUGGGCGGUUCGGCUCGACGGAUGGGUCGGUUUCUGCUCAGGUGAGCUGGCAGCGCCCCCAGCAGCUGUGUCCUGCCUUUGAACACACUCGUGGCCCUCGGAUCUUAUGGUUCUCUGUGUGUAACUCACGAGCUUCCUCAACUGGGUGUGCGUGUCCUGCAGCUAACUGUGCAAACAGAGCAAACACCAGAUGCCGCAGUGCGACUGCACAGAUGGACUUUGAGAACACUAAGCAAUAUGAAGCGAGACGCAUCUGCCCUCAGGGCAUCCAACUGUCCUCAGAAUUGACCUCCCAGAACCUGCUCUGUGCCCGGUGGCCCCAGCGGGGCCAGGUGCGGGGCCCGGGUGGGACCCCCAGGUGCUCACGAUGUUGCAGUCCCUACGAGAGUACAGUGCGCAGGAGGAACUGCUGAGGGUCUUCACGCUCCUGAGGACUUCUGAACAGGGGUGAAUCCAGGUUUCUUCUCUUUGGGGAACGGACCCCAGCUGCUCAAAUAAAGAACAUGGUGAACUCAUUAUUUUGGUUCAUCAACAUGCUCAACCACGGGUUAUCCCUGAGUGCAUCCUCUCACGAGUUUUUGACGGCUUCCUUUCCUUCUUCUCUUAAAGAGUUGCGGGCUUAAGAAUGGGAUAGAGACACAAUGGCGACCUCCGAACCUUCUCAAUUCUAGAUUAAGAACACAGGUAGACACAAAUCCCAAUUGCCUAUUGCGAUCUUGCUUAUGUGAUUUGAGAGAUUAUGGCAUGUGAACUAUUUCUGGGGAGCUUCAGUGAUUGGGUACAAGGAGUGAGCACAGAAAUUAUUUUCGCCAAAUUUAUUUUGUACAUAUAAGAGGGUCUGUAUGUCAAGUCAAGAAAAAACACGUAGAUCUAGGUAUUUUGUUCUUUUUCAUAGGAAAUUUGUAGUGGCUGUAUAUGACACUCGCAGGAACUUUCACAUUUUUCUAAUUUAGAAAGGUUUUUCUUAUAUUAGGGGAAAAUUAUUUAUUUUAAUAUAUAAAAAAAUCACUGUAAAAAUCACUUUCGUAAAAAAUGGAGUGUAAAUUUUUAUCAAAAAAUAAAUAAACAGGUGAAUGCGG